CUGAGGAGUGAUCGAAAUCGAGAGAUGUCAUCGACUAAGAAAAGGCAGCGUGUGGGGAGCAGCGGCCGCCUCUCCUCCUAUACUGACACAGGGUGUGGGGAACCCAAAUCCGAAGAUCCAGCCCCGUUGCCAGCGCUUUCCCUCCGCCGCCUCACCACCAGCAUAAUACCUGGCGGCUUUAAUGAUUCCACCACCGCCGACGUCCUCCUUCGUCUCCAGCUUGGGGGAUCACCGGAUUUCUCCGUUGGAGAUCCUUCAUCCACCUCCGAUCCGGCCUCCUUACCCUCCCUCGAUCUUCACCUCCACUCCUCUAUUAUAUGCCGCUCCCGAUACUUCGCUGCUCGCCUCUCAGACCGAUGGCUUCGACCAGAUCCUUCCAUCCCCGUCGACUCUUCUUCAUCUGGUCUCAUCCGCCUCACUCUCAAGAUGCCAAGCCCCGGCAACUGCCGCCGUCCAUUCGACGCUCACGUCGCCGUCCUCCAGCUCCUUUACACCUCCGAUUUUCCCUGCUCGAUUAUCUCCGUCUCCGCUGCGCUUGAAAUGCUACCCGUCGCGCUGGAGCUUUUAUUCGAUGAUUGCGUCCGUGCCUGCGUGCGUUUCAUCGAGGCCGUUCCGUGGACGGAGGAAGAGGAAGAAGGGGUUCUCAGUUUGAUCCCCUUCCUACGGGAAGAGGAGUCGGAGAAUCUCCUUGCUAGGGUUUUCCCCGCAGCCACGACGGCCGGGGAUGGGAAGAAUAUAUCAGAGGAGAUGCUUUACGGCUUGAUUCUCAAAGUGAUACACAGCAAUCCGGGGUGGGCCUCGUUAAAGGCCUUCAUGGCGAAGCUUUUGAGGGACUAUUCGUCGCGUGAUUCGGUGAAGAGAGUGCUUGAUCGAGCUUUUCUGGAGAGUUUGGGGACGGUGAAGGAGUUGCUUGGAGAAUACGCUAGUCCUGACUUCAGGGUGGCUGGGGAUAACGAUGAGACCGAGGCGAUUCAGCGCCUGAAGAUACACACCGCCAAGGUUAAUGUGAGGAACCUCUUAUGGCUUGUGGACAGGAUGCUUGAGCUUAAUGUUGCGGAUACGGCGGCCAAGGAGUGGAGCGAUCAGUCAGCGCUUACGGCUGACUUGCAAAAGACUUUCCGGGAAGAUACAUGGAGAAAUAUUGCACCGGGCUUGCCGGCCUUGGUUCUGAGAUGUACCAGCCGACUGGCCAAUGCAAUAGCAGCAGGAUCAAUUUUGGCUCCUCGACAGGUAAGAAUGGAGCUUGUGAAGCAUUGGUUACCUGUGCUAAAUGUUUGCCGGGAGAUUGUUUAUGGGGCACCAUCAGAAGUUUAUCAGGAUCUGGAAGAAACAUUUUUGCAAAUCAUAUCUACCCUGCCUAUUUCUGAUGCUCAAAAUCUACUGCAAGAAUGCCUCUGCUUCACUCGUAAUGUUGACAAUUGCCCGCACCUCACCCUUGCUUUCACAACCUGGUUCAGGAGAGCAAAUAGGCAUCAGCUUGAUGAUUCUAUGAGUUAGGCAAAAUCUUUCAUAUGAGGUCAUCUAAACAGAUCCUGUUUGUUUAUAUUUGCAUGAUCACCCUUCUCCUUUGGAUUUUUAUAUAUGAUUUUCCUUUGUAGGCUCUUUGUACAAAGCUCUGUUGUGCGUCCUAAAGUUUCCCAAUCUGCAUAAAUUUGUUUGGCCGCUACUACUUCAAAAAAUUUCUUCAAAAAAAAAAAACAUUUAGACUUAAUUUCCUUUGCAGAGCUCGGUAUCUACUUGACGAGAAUUAGCAAUAAGGAGCUGGAGUUUUAGGAGAAUUAUUAGCAGAAAAUCUGUAGUUAGUGAUUGAGAAUGUCAUUGGCUCAUUAUUAUUUUUCCCCUCUAAGAAAAUAUCGUAAGAAAAAGCAUUUGAAAU